GGACCGGGUGAAAGAUGCUGCGGCUUAUUGUCUGGCCCCGUGCCGGAGGGCUACCCACGCGACAAAUAUCAAAAGAAGGUCCUUGAGUUCUGGAUCGAGCAUGGCACAGUAGGCGAGCACGAGAAGGAGGAAGGCGAGGAGCUGUGGGAGAACACGUACGGCGAAGGGACGGCCUCGUCCUUUACCACGGGUGGGGUGGAGACUGAUGAUCUCCCUGGGAUGAUGGGCGGGGGCAACGAUGAUAUGGAUGAUGAGUCUGAUGCUGAGUCCACAGACACAAAGCAGUCCAGCAAAGCCAAGAGAAAGCAAAAGGCCCCGGCCAAAGAUGAGGUGGAGGAAGAACGUGCUUUGGAGGCUUCUCAGGGUUAA